AUGAACGCUGUCAACCGGACCUCGAUACCCGAAAUCUACUACCUGACUUCGCGCGCACAAAUGAAGCUGACCAAGGAGUCUGUGCGACCUGAUCUCAAGCUGCGGCAACUCGUGUGCCAUGCCAACCUCGUGGACAACCUGCUGGGCGAGCUGUCUGCCCGACGACAAAAGCAAACAAUGGUCAAGCUGUCUGAGGAUGCUUACGAUUCCGUUGCUGUCUCUUCCUCUGAUGACGAUGAGGAUGACGACGACGACUCUCCCGAUCUGUCGGACUCCUCUUCUGAUGAGGAUGACGCAGAGUACAUGAAACAGCCCAACUACACCUACCACCCCUACCAGCAAGAAAUGCUGUUUGAGGAUGCCUCCAGCGAGUACAACGAGUUCAACCCUCCUCCUCUGUACUCGGUUAUCAACACUGGUAUUGGAGCCAACUAG